GGAUGAAAUAGAGGUAGACACUGAGGACAGAGCCCCCAGCAUGCGAAGGACAGUCACGCUGAGGAGCAAUGCAGCACGACAGGUCGCUGUUAACUUUAUGCCGUCAAGGCAACUGCCGUACAACACCCUCCGCAUCAGACGCAGCAACUCUGAGCACAAUGCGUUGCUGGAGGAGUCAGCGGAGCUUCCCGACCCCGAGCAACAGGCCGACAUCAUCGUCAGGGAGAUGGAACAGCAUCAGCGGCUGAUGGAGGACAAUCCUGUCUCCGAGGAACUUAGGAGGGAAGCCUUGCGCGAUCUACCUCAAGGCCUGACGAUGAAGAGGCACGUGAGGGCGAAGCUCUCAGCGUCAGUCAGCCUCCGAUCCAAAAGGAGGCCCGUUUCCAUGUGGAAGAGAAUGAAGUAUAGAAUCAGCUUUAGUUUAAAAAAGGCCCACGACCGUCUCCGAACCCUGGUCUUCUCAAUAGAACUGUGGUACGAGGCCAUCCGCACAAUCGAAGGUCACCUGGGUUCGGCCGUCGGCACCUACUUCCACUUCCUCCGCUGCCUGUUCGCGGUGGACGUGGUGCUGUGCGCGCUGGUGGUUGGGUUCGUGGUGGCGCCCCAGGGGGUUCACGACCGCGCUGGAUAUACACGUGGUUAUAUGUAUGUAUGUAAUUUUUUGUACCCUCAGGGCGGUUUCCAAGAUUCCCUGCUGUUUUACGGCCACUAUCACUCCGGAGACAUCGCUGGCCCCCUCCCCUACAACAUGGCGUUCGCUUACUUCUUCACCAUGCUGUGUUCGUAUCUUCUCUUCUUUGCUGUUCUUUGUAUCAGGACGGCAUACUCGUACCGCCGCAACUUCAUCUCCACCUCGGACGGGGUCCCCCACGCGGUCUCCAACAAGCUGUUCUCGGGCUGGGACUUCGGCAUCGUGUGCCGCAGCGCCGCCGCGCUCAACUCCAGCAGCAUCUACAACGAGUUCAAGGAGCUGCUUAGUGAAAAGAACAAGAAGCAAGAUCCCUCUUCGAUCUGGAUUCGCGUCUUUCAGACGUUAGCCAAUAUUACGAUCACGGCUAUCGUGCUGGCUUGCAUCGGAGGUCUACUCCAUCGCACUUGGCUGUUUCUGACAUUGGAGAAAUCACAACAUUGGGAGAUAUAUGUGUCACUGCUGGUGACAGUCACGGUGACCGUGUGGCCGCUGCUGCUGAAUCUGGUGGUCAGAUUGGAAUUCUACCGUCCACGGACCGCUAUAUACGUCACUCUAGCAAGAACUUGGCUUUUAGACAUUGGUGUUAUCAUGGUGAUAUUCUUCUACUGGGCCAAGUCGGGGCAGCAUUGCUGGGAGACGUCUUUCGGCCAGGAGACGUACCGGAUGGUGAUGUUCGACGCUUUGUUCUCUUUGUUUGUGUUGCCAGUUGUCGAGGUCCUUAGAGCUUUUGUUUUUAAGUAUUUCCCAAUAAUCGGCCCGCCGGAAUUCAACAUAGCAUACAAUUCGCUGACGUUGAUUUACAAUCAAUCCGUACUGUGGUUCGGGAUGUUCUUCUCGCCGCUUCUGGUGCCGGCGGUGACAUUGAAACUGUUGCUGUUGUUUUACAUUAAAAGGUUAACUUUGAAGACGUGCCAGCCAGCUAGGAAGGUGUGGCGCGCUGCGCAAACGCAGACAGUGCUGUAUAUGUUGGUGACGCUGUCUCUAUUCACCACGUUGUUCGUCAUCGGGUCUGUUUUCAUUGGAAUGCCAUCUCAACAAUGCGGCCCGUUCCGUUCCCACUCGCGCGUUUACGAAGUCCUCAGCGAGGGAGUGUUGCAUCUGUCUCAUCAUCCGACAGCCCACGCCGCCAUCACCUUCCUCACCAGACCUGGUGUCAUAGCGUUCUCGUUGCUGUUCUUAUGCGUGGCGGUGUACUAUAUGCGCGCCCGCGCCGAAGCCCAACGGUCCAUGGUGGCCAUACUUAGACACAUGUUGGUGUUGCAAGCCAAAGACAAAGAUUUCCUACUCGGCGCCAUAGACAAGGUUUCUAACGGAGAGUGGUUGUAUAGUCCAAAACCUGAGGGGGAACGUGCUGACAGCCACACCUGGCAGUACUCGCGCCAGGUCCGAAAGCCGUCCAACUCGGCGUUCCACUUCGACGUCUCCCGCCUCAGCCGCGGCGACAGACCCAGGUCUCAUGUCCUGGAUAGGCCUACCUCCCAGUAUGAUAAGUCGAAGUCUCAAGAAGACGGUGAUACGGACAGCUCGUUCAGCUGGCAGGGAUCCAGCAACUACUUGAACCAGAAGGGGGGAGAGGGGGGUGAGAAGAAGUGGAUAUGAUUACUAUGAUAGUACGGAAUCUCAGAUAGAAACAUUGUUUACAGAAACUUUUAAUAUCACUUUAUGUUAAGCAGAACUUGUAGAAUUUGUAAAAAUAAUUUUAAUGACAACCUAUUUAGAUUUAGAACACCGAAAGAUAAAAUAACAUAACUUUAGAAGAAUUUGAGAGAUAGACCUGCAAACAUUGGAUUCUUCUUUUAGACGAUGGGCUAGCAACCUAUUUGAAUCUUAAUUCUGUCAUUAAACCAAACAGCUGAACGUGGCAUAUCAGUCUU